AGCAUCAUCGCGCUACCAUUAUGGAUUUGCCGGUACCAAGCAAUCCACGUGCGUCGCGAAACAUGGCGGAAAAGCAACGCCGCGACAAUCUCAACGCAAAUAUAUCGACGAUGGCGACUCUUGUGCCGAGUGUUGCUGGAAGUUCGAGGAGAAUGGACAAAAUAUCCAUCCUGAGAUUAGCUACCGCUUUCCUGAGGACGCGUUACACACUCGGAAGAGGCUCGAUGAACUUCCUUCCCCCAUUGUUUAAAGAUCAAUUCGAUCUGGAGCAAUUUUUUGUCGACCACCUGGUUGACAGCGGAGGUUUCUUUCUCGUAGUCACUACAACAGCGAAAAUCGUCUAUGUUAGUCGACAAGUGGAGCAACACCUCGGUCAUGUUCAGAACGAAUUGCUGGGUCAGUCCCUGUACAAUUUCAUCUAUCCUGAGGACCGUGAUGAGCUCACGCGUAAUCUUACGCCCGAUGGGAUGCAGCCAAUGUCGUCGACGCCGUCACCAACGAACCUUUCACAGGUGUCCGAGUUAACACAUGACAACAGUUCCAACUCUUCUGAGGAAUCCUCAAUGUCAAGUCAACGAUCGAACGAAAGGACCAAACGCUUCUACGAGCAGAGACGGAACUUUAAAAUCCGCAUGGCGCAGCGUACUAAUUCUAGGCGCGACCACACGCAGUACGAGUGUUUUGAGGUUUCGGGUCUUCUUCGGCUCGCAGAAGCCUGUAAAAAUGCGGACAAUAACGGGCACAAAGGAAGACAACGAGAGACGACGAGCACAAGCAACGACAUCGUUUUUGCUGGUGUAGCGACCCUACCACAAAAACGGCCCAUCACCGAAUUAUCGAUAAUGGACGCCAAUAAAGACGAGUAUGUGACGCGGCAUCUGGUUGACGGGCGUAUCAUUUAUUGCGAUCACAGGGUAUCGGUCAUUGCCGGGUACCUAUCAGAGGAGAUAUCAGGCCUGAACGCGUUCGGCUUCAUGCACAAGGAUGAUUGGAGGUGGACGAUGAUCGGCCUACGACAAAUGUACGACCGUGCCGAAAUGUGCGGCUCGUCGUGCUACAGGCUACUCACAAAGAACGGUGAGUUCAUCUACUUACGGACCCACGGUUAUUUGGAAAUUGACAGAGAUAUGAAUACGGUGGAAUCCUUCGUUUGUGUUAACACCAUGGUGACGAAAAAAGAGGGAAUUCAAUUAAUAAAAGAGAUGAAAAUGAGGUUCUCUGCAAUCGUGUCCGCAAGUAGUAAAAGUUUAAUUGAAGAUGUCGACAUUAACGCACAACCAUCAGACUUGAACGUCCAGUCGUUGAAUUCCAAAGGCAACGUUGAGGAUCCAUCACAGCUCGAAGUAGCUAUCAAUCAUCUAAUCAGCGAUUUACCCUCGUCGGUUAUAACGGAAGAGAAUUUCUCUCCCUCACCGAUACCACAUACACAGUAUGUAAAGGCUGCUAUAUUCUCGUCUCGUAUGCCUCCAGUUUCCGCACAAGCCAAUAAGAUUGGUAUCAAUAAAAUCAACCGCUGCAUCGUUAUUCAAGGCAAAGGUAAAGGCAAAGUAACUCCGAAGCAAGAGUCCAAACAUACCAUCGGAAAGUUGAUUAACCCCAGUAGCGCGGAACAAAGCCCAAUAUCGGAUUCAGAGAGUGCAGUGCCGUCUGGCAAGCCAUUAUCAAUGUUUGAAAUGAUGAACGCUGGCCACAACAGCCAUGGCAAUGUCCAGAACGUUGAUAUGCCUGUACAAUCGAAAGUUCUUACCACUCGCAAGUCUGGUAAGAGCUCUCGCGCACCUCGUAAUCAUACAUCAUGUUUGGACAAUCCUCCAAUCGUAAAUGUUUUGAAUGGAGGUAGCACUGUAUGCAAUAUCAAGGUGGAACGUGGUAUCGAGGAAACAUUUAAUUGUGUGAAAAAACAGGAGGCACAAUACUUUGAUGACAGUGCGAGUGAUAAUUCUAUCGCUUCGUCGGGGAUUGAAGUGCAUAAUCGAUGUCCACUGAAAAGGAUAUGUAGCGAUGAGGAUCUUCUAGCGAUGCAUAGUAAAAAGAGAUCUAACGAUGUAUACACAUCGACGAAUAUAAACAACGAACAACAGCGCUCCUAUUUAAAAUGCAGAUCUUUCGCGUCUGAGUAUCCGACAUUUUCAGAUGAAUUCAAUCAAUACAAUGAUGUCAAUUCGCAACCGCUGACAGUGGCGGAGUCGCCUAAUUCGAGUCUACAUGAAGUCGGAACCGAUUAUCAACAGUUGGUAGAUCCCGUCGUGCCGAAUCUAGUCGUAACGAAUCACGACGAAGAGCAGUUUGUAGAUUUGCAGGAUCUGAAGGAAGAUACGUUGUUAAGUUCGGAACUUGACGCAAAUCCAGAACUCAUGAUGAAGAUAUUUGGCGGUCUGCGUAAUGGGCCUGUAGGUUUCGAAGAUUUUGACGAAACAAAAAUACAACAACUAACACCUGAUGAUCAAGUGGUGAGUGACGAGUUAAGUCGCACGUAUUACCAGUUAGCAGACAGCAUGGCAUUGCACGAAUCCCAAAUCAACGUAUUGGCACGUGAUCUCAAGAACCCAGCUCUCCGUUUUCAAAGAGAAAACUUGUCCCAGUUACAGGCCGAGCAUAAUAUGCAAAAGCAAAUGCUUAAAACCUUACAACAGGAUCACUGUAAAAUGCAAGUGAGCGCUAAGCAAAAGCUUGGAAUCUGAGAAACGGAAUGGUCUCCGAGUCACUUCGUGAAAACCGCUUUCAAGAAGCGAACUUAAUAUGAUAU